GCGAGGGUGUUUUGGUUCCGGGUCGGGGGCGGGCCUUCGGGGAGCCCUGCUUCCGGGGCGGGGCCAGCGGGCGGGGCGCGCGCUCUCCCGGCCCGUGAGGAGCUCGGCGGCUGCAGACGCGGCGGCGGCGGCGGCGGCACGGCAGGCGGCGGCCUCGGGAGCGGCAACAUGAGCGGGUCACAGAACGAUGACAAAAGGCAAUUCCUGCUGGAGAGAUUGCUGGAUGCAGUAAAGCAGUGCCAGAUUCGCUUUGGAGGGAGAAAGGAGAUCGCUUCAGACUCUGACAGCAGGGUGACCUGUCUGUGUGCCCAGUUUGAAGCCGUCCUUCAGCAUGGCAUGAAGAGGAGCCGAGGAUUAGCGCUCACGGCUGCAGCCAUCAAGCAGGCGGCAGGCUUUGCCAGCAAAACUGAGACAGAGCCCGUCUUCUGGUUCUACGUGAAGGAGGUCCUCAACAAGCACGAGCUGCAGCGCUUCUACUCCCUGCGUCACAUCACUGCAGAUGUGGGCCGAGGCCGGGCCUGGCUGCGCUGCGCCCUCAACGAGCACUCCCUCGAGCGCUACCUGCACAUGCUCCUGGCUGACCGCGCCAGGCUCAGCACAUUCUAUGAAGACUGGUCUUUUGUGAUGGAUGAAGAAAGGUCCAGCAUGCUCCCUACCAUGGCAGCUGGGCUGAACUCCAUACUCUUUGCAAUUAACAUUGACAACAAGGAUUUGAAUGGGCAGAGCAAAUUUGCUCCCACUGUCUCCGACCUCUUAAAGGAGUCUACACAGAAUAUGACAUCUUUGCUGAAGGAGUCCACGCAGGGCAUGAGCAGCCUUCUCAGGGAGAUCACAGCAUCCUCUGCUGUCUCUAUUCUCAUCAAGCCGGAGCAGGAGACUGACCCUCUGCCUGUCAUAUCCAAGAACGUCCAUGUUGAUGCCAGAUGUAAAAGGGAGAGGAGGAGGAGGAAGAAGGUAACCAACAUUGUCUCUUUUGAUGAUGAUGAUGAGGAACAGAGCACUGGGGACACUUUAAAAAAGAUGCCUGGGACCACAGAAAGCUCAGAGGAGAACUCUGACCGCUCUUCCAUCAACAUCAUGUCAACCUUUGAAAGCCCGUUUGGGCCAAAUUCCAACGGCAGCCAGAGCAGCAAUUCAUGGAAAAUUGAUUCUGUAUCUUUGAAUGGGGAGUUGGGCUACCAGAAGCUUGAUGUGAAAAGCAUCGAUGAUGAUGUGGAUGAAAAUGAGGAGGAUGUGUACAGGAACCCAGCAGGAAGGAAGCACACGGGCCACUCUGAGUCACCAGACAAGCCGCUGGAUGCGAGCACCUGCCUCCCCCCGGUACCUGGAUGGGCCCCGCUGCAGGUGCUCCAUGGAGAUGCUGAUGCCGACACCGACGUCCUCUUCCCUGUCAGUGGAGUGGGCUCCUAUGGUGCAGCAGAUGCCCCUGUGGGAAGUCUGGAGAAUGGGACAGGACCCGAGGACCACAUACUUCCAGAGUCUGGCCUUCGGUACAGUAUGGAAGCCAGUUCUCCAGGCCGCGGAAGUCCCCUGAGUAGCCUGUUACCAUCGGCCUCAAUGCCUGAGUCUAUGACAGUUCAUGAACUACGCCAAGCCAUCGUGGCCAUGAUGAACAGAAAGGAUGAAUUGGAAGAAGAGAACGGGUCACUGCGGAAUCUCCUUGAUGGUGAGAUGGAGCACUCGGCCGCACUCCGGCAAGAGGUGGACGCCUUGAAAAGGAAGGUGACAGAGCAGCAGGAGCGCCAUACCACAAAGGUCCAGGCACUGGCAAGAGAAAACGAGGUGCUCAAAGUCCAGCUGAAGAAAUAUGUAGGAGCUGUCCAGAUGCUGAAAAGAGAAGGUCAAACAGCGGAAGUUGUACCCAGUCUUUGGAACGUUGAUGGAGAAGUUACAGUCCCUGAACAGAAGCCUGGGGAAGUUGCUGAGGAGCUGGCGAGCUCCUAUGAGAGGAAGCUCAUUGAGGUGGCUGAGAUGCAUGGGGAGUUGAUUGAGUUCAACGAACGUCUACAUCGGGCCCUGGUGGCCAAGGAAGCCCUGGUGUCCCAGAUGAGGCAGGAGCUGAUUGACCUCCGAGGCCCUGUGCCUGGAGAUUUGAGCCAAACAUCUGAAGACCAGAGCUUGUCCGAUUUUGAAAUAUCAAAUCGGGCGCUAAUCAAUGUCUGGAUCCCGUCCGUGUUUCUCCGAGGCAAAGCAGCCAACGCAUUCCACGUGUAUCAGGUUUACAUCCGGAUAAAGGAUGAUGAGUGGAAUGUGUAUCGGCGGUAUACUGAGUUCCGGGCGCUGCAUCACCAGCUGCAGAGCACGUUCCCGCAAGUAAGGGCCUACAACUUCCCUCCCAAAAAGGCCAUCGGAAACAAGGAUGCCAAGUUCGUGGAGGAGCGACGAAAGCAGCUUCAGAGUUACCUCCGCAGCGUCAUGAACAAGGUCAUCCAGAUGGUUCCUGAGUUUGCUGCCAACCCCAAGAAGGAGACCCUGGUGCAGCUGGUCCCCUUCUUUGUGGAUAUUACUCCACCUGGAGAACCGCUGAACAAGAACAGCAGACCCAAAGUAGUCUCCCGCUUCCCUAAGCUGUCCCGAGGCCAACCCAGGGAGAUGCGCAAUGUGGAGCCUCAGAGCGGUGACCUCUGACCUCGGCGGGAUCCCAGACCCCAGCUACUUUGUGCUCGACCUAGCUAUGGCCGCUGGCCCUGGACACCCUGGCAGGAUGACCAUGUCCCCCCAGAGAACACACUCCUCCUGCUGCCGCACGCAACCCGAUUAAAUUGGUCAGUUUCAGCUGUUGGGCCCCUGUCCUUAGAGCAAGGCAUUGCUCACUGGACAGACAAAGACGGAGGACACUGUCACUAACCCCAGUGUGGCCAAGGCUGGUUGUCACCUCCUACAGUUCUGCCAGCAGGUCAGUGGGUGCCAGGACCAUGGUUGAGAUGCACGACACAUGGGCAGAAGGAUCCUUCAGAUGCCCACCAUGACGCUUGCCCAUGUGGGAACCAGAUGACUGACACUCUUGGAUCUCCUGAUGCGAUGCCUGCUGCAGCCUGUGGAUGCAGACUCCUCCUCCCCUUCUCUUCCCCUGUGGUAGUUAGACACCAAGCAGCACGGCCACAUGGCUGCUGUGGCUGGGAUUCCUCCAGGAAUAGUCCUCUAGUGGCCUAACAAAGGCAUUGGCGGUGACUUUGGUCCUUGAAGAACUUAGCCUUCCCUCCUGGUGCUGGCUCCAGGAAGCACCAUCCAUUCAGGAAACCUGAGGCUGCUCCAGCAAGGGCAGCUAGAUGGACCUGAGGGGUUCCACCAUCCAGCCCAGCCCAGGACAGCCUGGAGACCCCGAGGAGGACAUCCCUGGUCCUCGAAAUGGUGGUUGUGACCUCGGAUCACUGGAGAUUUGGCUCUGGGCAUUACUGUGGAAAGCCGGCCCUAUAGGCCAGAACUGAGCCGAGAAUGAUUGUCCCCUGAAGUUGUUUAGCACAAACUGUCCCCUAACAUGUUUCAGUGGGAGCAGAAUGCUGUGUCCCCCAGGACGAUGUUCUCCUCUUGCUCUCCUCUCAGGGUACCAUCCUAGAGUCCAAGGCUCACAGGCAUGGAGUGGGAAAGAGUCAGCUGCUUGGCUGCUCUGCCGUCUGCCACCAAGCCUGGGUCCCUCUGCGUCUCAGGACCCACUCUCAGUGGUCUUCUCCCCAGGUCAGAACCUCCUUGGUGUCUUGGUAUAGCUUGAAAGAGCUUGCAAAAGGGACCAUGUACCAAGCAGUACCAAGCAUGUCUCUGCCUGCCAAGGAGUUUCCAGGGGCGUCUGCCUAGGGAAGGCAACUGGAAAUGCCUGAAUGUGGGUGAGAAGGGCUUCAGCUCAAAGCUGGACCUUGCCAAGCGGGCUGGGGAAGCAGGGGUUUUCCUGGCCCAAGGGAAGCUUGGAGAAAGUUCCCUUCAGAGUACAGGGAAAACAGAGAGGCCUGAACAGUUCCAAUUCCUUGGGCCAGAUGGACUGUGCACAGAUGAGGCAGAACACUCGCGCCCUCCCUUACAGCUGGGAGCAGGAGUUGGGGGAAGCAGGGAACCAUCUUCAGCCUGCUGGGAAGGGAGGACCCAAGAAGUUUCUCAGCCCUAGAAACCCAACAUGGUUUCUCUCUUGUCUGUCUGAGAGGCCAUAGGCUCCACACAAACACCACACCUAGAAUUUAGGUCAGGGAACUGGACCUAGUAGCCAGAAAGGCCCUGUGAGAGUCUGGUAGGCCAAGUCUGCCUCCUGAGCUGGGGUACUCAACAUGGAAACACUUUGUAUUCUGUCAUGUUCUGUAAAGAAAGGAUCCUGCACCCUCCCACAUCUCCCACAGCCCAGAGUCCUGAGCAGGCUCAAACACACGUCACUAAGAGGCUCUCUCACUACAGACACAACGUAUAGAACAAUCUUUCACAUUCAACACCUGCAGUUAAAGCAGAGAAAGGAAGGAAGGAAGGAAAGAAGGAAAAGAAAAGAAAAGAAGAAAAGAAAGGCACCCAGAGUAAAGUGCCUUGAUUUUCAAGGAUUAAUUAUGGGAAACUUGCCCAACUUUGCUGUAAUGUGGAUGUAAGAACAUGGUUCCAGGGACCAUGUGGGACCCUUUGGUUGCUUGAUAUCUGCCUCCUACCCAUUCCCUUUUUCCCCAUGUAGGGAUUGACACUGGGGCCUUGCAAGUACUGGACAAUAGCUCUCCAGUGAACCACACUCCAGCCCUGCCCAUACUAUUCCCACAGAAACCUAGCAAUCAUUCUCGGCUCCAGGUUGCCCAUCUCAUUACCUCACAAGAGCAUGUGAGCCCCCUGGAACUUGGGCAGAGCAGUACAGGGUGGGGUCAGGUGAUAGGAGGCUGUCCCCACAAUGCUCCCCAGAUAUGAGGCCCAAAGUCCAGAGAAGAAUGCAGAGCCAUGGCCACCCAGUAGGUCUGACACAGCCUCGGCUCUUCAGGACACUGCUUCCCAACCCUGAGCCUGACUGUGGCCUUGGCUUACCUGUGGCUACUGAAACUUCAUUCUUGGAACAGUUCACAUGUCCUGAGGCCCAGGUCACAGUGUUCUAGGCCUUGGCUCCUGUGCCAUUACUCCAGCUUCAUCGGUCUGUGUAAGACACAACUGUUGUGUAAACACAACUGGCCCCUAAGGAGAGUCUGGGCCCUGGUCUCCCAAGUCUACCACCAGACUCCAUCUCUUUGGCAGCCUGCACCCGCAUACACCCACCCAGCUGUGCCCAGCUGAGGGCUCAGAGGCUUAGAUCUUCAGCCACCAGGAUGAGCCAGGAACAGUCAAGCCAUGAUGUCUGCCCCUGCCCUGCUACACUGGCUGGGAGGCCUGCAAGGAGGAGCAGCCUCACGCCCAUGGCAGUAAGUCCUAAUGCUCAACACUCUCACUAGGGUCAGUUCCACCUAAAGCUGCCUCCUGGCCUGAGGGCUGUGCCCAGAAGGCACCUGUGACCAGAAGGCAGGUGUCUCCUCAUGACCAAGGUCUGUUGUAAUGAACAUUCUUCACAAUAUUGUGCAUUAUUUCAUUAAAGCUAGUGUUAAAUGUUGGCUGUUUAGGUUGGUUCUGCGCUAACUUUGCACAACUGUAGCACUGUAUAUUUUAUCUAAUGUUUCUGUGCCAAAAAGUCCAGCUCCCUGUUGCUAUCACAUGUGGUCUCCAUUAUGCUGCUGAAGUAAAGUGCAGGCAGUGAUGGGGAGGGUACAGAGCACAGUAGCGGGACUGAAGUGGAUGCUGUGUCAAGGCUCGGGUUCACUUCUCGCUGGGGCCAUGUUCUCCCGCCUUGUAGACACUGCUCACCAUGUGUUCCAGCCACCACCUGCAGCCCGCUCAGCUCCACUCCUGCCAGGGAGACCACUUGACCACAUGGAGGUUUUCUUUUGGUUGUUUUUUUCCCCCAGUGGGAUGGAUUGGGAAUCCCCAGCAAGAACUGGCAGUGGGUUGCACAGGAGCCAGAGUGUUGCUGAGCACCUGGGGAGAGAACCUGAGCUGGGACCCCAGGGAGUGAGGGCCCUGGUUAGCUAUCUCCAUCCACCCAGGAAAGUUCUCUGUAGCUGCUGCAGCCCUGUGUCUGGAGCCUGGGGUGUGAACAGCCCAGAAGUCGGAGCAUGUGGUAUCCCAACUCCCCUCUUAGGUUAAGGUUUACACAAUAGAAUUUUUAAACAAAUCUGUUUAAUUUUCUAAAAUCUCUUGUAUUAAAUUUUUUCUUUUGGAAUAAGCUGUGGAUUUUGUUACAAUCUGGUUGAGAGAAGCCUUUUCAGUGAGGGGAUUAAAAUGGCAUUUUCUAAAUUAGA